AUGGAUGGCUCGGAAGUUAAGAGUAUGUCCAAUAUAUUCAUCCCAUGCGACGAGUACGAUGCUCAUAUAAAGAAAAACAAACCUGCACUACACGCUAAAUUGGUGAAGAUGCGCAGAGAUUACCUUGAGAUGGAACCAAAAAAUAGUCAGGCUUCGAACUUCAUUGGAGAGGUGUAUAAGACGGCUCGACUUGUGCGACGUAAAAUGAUGGACGCUCCGACGGAGGCCAAGACGAUCCUCGAUCACUUCAACGGAAUGACGCAGGAGGCUCGUCAGAUGCUCAUCGAUAAAUAUCCAGUACUCCAAGAACUUGGUACGUUCAAAACCAAGAUGGGGAAAUAG